AUGGGGUUAUAUAAUGAAGAACCAUUAUUUUAUAGUUUAUUUGUAACAAUUGGGGGGCUAUUUAUGUUUUUAUCAAUUGUAAUUACUGGUGUUUUAAUUAUGCAACAUUUGGUCCACUAUAAUAAACCAUCAUUUCAAAAAUAUAUUAUCAGAAUUGUUUUAAUUGCACCAAUCUAUGCAAUAUAUAGCUUUUUAUCUUUAUUUUUCAAGAGAGAUUACUGGGCAAUGUUUUUUGAUGUCUCGAGAGAUUGUUAUGAAAGCUAUGUUUUAUAUUGUUUCUUUAAACUACUAUCUGGCUAUUUAGGUGGAGAGGAAGCAAUCGAAGAGCUAUUAAACAAGAAAGAAAGACAACCUGUAACCUGGCCACUUGGAUAUUUUUUUAGCUUCAAGCCAAAGAGAAACUUUUAUAGAAUUUGUAUGUCUUUAAUUAUACAAUAUGCACUAAUCAAACCUCUAAUGGCCAUCACCUCUGCAUUCUUGUUUUAUUUUGGUAAAUAUGAGGAUGCAAAUUUCUCUACAUCAGAAGGUUACCUAUAUAUAACUAUCAUCAAUAAUAUUUCAGUAGUUGUUGCCCUUUACUUUUUAGUAAUGUUUUAUGAAGUUUUUAAAUUAGAAUUAAAUCCACACAGCCCAAUCCUAAAGUUUUUUGUUAUUAAAAUGAUCCUAUUCGCAAUUUUUUGGCAAACUGUAUUGAUUUAUAUUUUAAUUUGGUUUGAAGCAAUACCAAAAUCAGAAAUAUAUUCACCAGAAAAAGUUGGGUUCUUUUUAAAUGAUUUCUUGGUGUGUGUGGAAAUGUUUGUAUUUUCAAUUGUUCACAGUAUUGCUUUCAAUUACGACGACUACGUUUUGGACAACAACUCAACAGAUAAAUUGGUAAUUGAUAGUCAUUUAGAGGCUGGUUUGAACGGAGCCAGUGGUAGUAAUAGCAAUAGCGGUGGCUCAAGAGGUCACAAUAGAAGCAAUAGUAAUAUCAAAACCAAAAUUAAAGAUAUCAAAUACAACAUUAAAAGAUAUAAACAUAAUAUAGUUGAUGGAUUUACCGACGUUCAUAACCCAAAAGAUAUUGUAAUGGAUACUAUUAAAAGCACAAAACUAUCAAAUGACCACUUUUCAAUAGAUGAUAGCCCUGAUGUAAGUAUUUAUAAAUUGUUUUUCUAUUACACAAUUUAUAAAGCAAUGUACUAA